AUGGCUCUUCUAUUCGCAGAAGACGGUGUUCAUGUCAAUCUCUCAGAUCCAUCUGAAGAGGCCAUGGAUACGUUGAUAAAGAAGGCUGAGAAGGCCGGGUAUGAUGGGAAGCUCAAGAAGCACACAGACUACGAUCAACUCUGCAAAUCGCUUUCGCAGCCACGCCUACUAGUCUUCUCCCUACCCCAUGGUGGUGUUGGUGACAAAGUCCUCGAAGGCUUGAUGCCCAAACUCUCCAAGGGAGAUAUUAUCCUCGACUGUGGUAACGAGCACUUCGCAAACACCGAACGACGACAAAACAAGUGCAAGGAUACAGGAGUACGCUACGUCGGUUGCGGUGUAAGUGGCGGGUAUCAAGCAGCCCGAGCUGGUCCAUCCAUGUGCCCUGGUGGUGACGUAUCUGCGCUCAAGGAGAUCCUACCACUUCUCCAGAAGGUCGCCGCAAAAGACAAAGAGGGCAAGCCGUGUGUGGGUAUAAUUGGUAAGGGUGGCGCUGGCCAUUACGUCAAGAUGGUGCACAACGGCAUCGAGCAUGGUAUGAUGAGCGCCAUCUGCGAGGCCUGGGGCAUCAUGCGAAAGAUGGGUCUUGGCUAUGAGGAAAUCGGAGACGUGUUGAAGGAAUGGAACGCGUCAGGCGAACUGCAAGGCACAUUUCUCGUCUCAAUAGGCGCAGAUCUCUCUCACAAGCGUGAACCUGGAAAAGACCCAAAUUCAGAACACCAAGAGCACCCACUGAUCAUCUCCGAAGUUCUUGAUAAGGUCGUGCAAGAUAUCACAGGGGAGGAGGGCACAGGGAUCUGGUCCAACACCGAAGCAAUUGAACUCCACGUACCUGCUUUCACGCUAAAUAUGGCUCACGCACUGCGCCUCGCAUCGGCCUACCGCGGUGAUCGCGAACGCGCAAACAAGACAUUCGAUGGAGGCUUCCCGCCUAUGGCGCUGAACGACAUUGCAGAAAAGAAGACUUUUCUCGAAGAUCUUCGCAAAGCCACGUACGCAGCUUGUCUCGCCAGCUACAUUCAGGGUAUGAACAUCAUUGCCCGCGCCGAUGAGAAACACCAGUGGUCGAUCGACUACUCGCAAGUUUGGCAAAUCUGGCGAGCCGGCUGCAUCAUUCAAGCCGACUACAUCUCCGACAACAUCCUUGCUCCCGUACUCAAAAACAAUCCGUCAUCCGAUGACCUGAACCUUAACUUCUCCUCAGUCGUUGCCAAUGAUAUCAAGACCUCUUUUCCCGCCCUUCGACGAGUUAUUGCGAAGGCAGUGGAAACGGAUCAGGUUGUGCCUGCGCUGAGUGCAAGUCUGGAGUACUUCAAGGUCUCCACCGGCACAGACCUGCCGACCAGCUUCUACGAGGCGGAACUGGACUACUUUGGCAGCCAUAUGUUUGAUAAGAAGGGUGAUCAGGACGCCAAUGUGAAGAAGCCCAUGGAGGGGAAGCAUCACUUCGAGUGGAAACCUGCCACGAGCCAGAAGGAGACCUACGGGAAGCCUCCUGGUGUGCGAUGA